GCCUCGGCCUGCCGCCCGUGCCUCCCUCCCAGCCGUGCGCCGGGCUCCUGGGGACUCCGCAGGGCAGAGCGGCCGCCAGUGGUAGGCAGCGGGCCGCAGCCACGAGGAGGGACUGACAGAGAGCCCCCAGACUUCGGGGGUGCUGCAGAGAGCCCCCACGGCGGGAGAGUGCAGAGUAGGGUGACCAGAUUAAACGGAGAAAAUAUCGGGACGCCGGGAAGCAACCAAAAAAACAAAACCCAACAACAACAACAACAACAACAAAGAAAGCGGCCGGAGUUGUCGAGCCAAAAACGCCGGAGCGGCCAAAGCCGCAAUAUCGGGAUAAAUGGCCUCCUGACCGGGCAGCGGUCGGGACGCGGGAAAAAGACCUAAAAAUCGGACCUGUUCGUUUUCUAUAUUCAGUCAUAUCUGCUGACUUUAGUGUCAAAAAUAAGUUUUGUUGUUUUAUUUUCUGUUAGCCCAUCAGCUCUGUGAACUGCUGGGCUGAGGCUACGGGAUUUCUAAUUGUGGAUCAGGAACAGAAUUGUUUAUUAUUAUUAUUAUUAUUUAUUUAGUAAUCCAAUCAACAACACCUUUUCAAAUUUUUGAAGGUAGCCAGACUGCCCAGAUGUCAGUGAGGGUCUAAUUUGGCCUGCAGAACCCUUAUUACUGGUAAUGGCUGCAUGAGAUGGAAAGAACCUAUUUUGGCUCUCAGGACUUCGAUAAAGCAAGUUCUUUGCUCAGCAAAGCCUCUGCUGCCUUGGCAUUAGGACACAGCUACUGAAGACAGUUUAUCCUGUAAGAUUCUUCAGAUUUUCGACCUCUGAACAGUCUCGGAUGAUGACUCAGCACACGUUGUUAAUUUUAAGAACACUUUCGCUGCGGAGUUGACAAAACGCAAAGAAGAUACCAAUGUGAGAUUUCAAAAGACAGCGAUAGCUCUCAAACGAAGGUUUAAGAAUCUGAAGUGCCUUACAAAAUCUGAGAGGGAUAAGACAAUGGCCUUCAAGCACAAAAACGCAAAACGAAUUGAAGGGCUUGAUGUCAAUGUAUGGGUUGAAUUUACUAAGGUGGCUGCAGACCCCUCAAUUGUUAAUCUUGGUCAAGGCCUUCCAGAUAUAUCCCCUCCUAGCUAUGUUAAAGAAGAGCUAGCCAAGGCAGCGACAGUUGAUAGGCUGAACCAGUACACACGUGGCUUUGGCCAUCCAUUGCUGGUGAAAGCCUUGUCCCAGGUAUAUGAGAAGGUUUGUGGAAGAAAGAUUGAUCCUUACACAGACGUCUUGGUGACAGUGGGAGGAUAUGGAUCUCUGUUUAGUGCAAUACAGGGGUUAAUUGAAGUGGGAGAUGAAGUGAUAAUAAUAGAGCCAUUUUUUGACUGUUAUGAGCCCAUGGUGAAGAUGGCAGGAGGAAAACCUGUUUUUAUCCCAUUGAGAUAUAAAACUGUUAUUGGGAACUCUGCAUCUAGUGCUGAUUGGGUCUUAGAUGCAACUGAACUUGCUAGUAAAUUUAAUUCCAGAACAAAAGCUAUUCUACUGAAUACUCCUCACAACCCUAUAGGCAAGGUAUUUACCAAAGGAGAACUCCAGGUAAUAGCUGAUCUCUGUAUUAAACAUGACACCCUGUGCUUCAGUGAUGAGGUGUAUGAAUGGCUGGUGUACAAAGGAAAUAAACACAUUAAAAUAGCUACACUGCCAGGCAUGUGGGAGAGAACAAUAACUAUAGGAAGUGCUGGAAAGACAUAUAGUGUAACUGGCUGGAAGCUUGGAUGGUCCAUUGGUCCACAGCAUUUGAUAAAACAUUUGCAAGUUGUUCAGCAAAAUACGCUGUAUACAUGCCCAACUCCGUUACAGGAGGCGUUGGCACAAGCUCUUUGGAUCGACUUUAAACGCAUGGAUGACCCAGACUGCUACUUCUACUCGCUGUCUCGAGAGUUGGAAGGCAAGCGUAAUCGGAUGGCUGAGCUACUCCAAGAAGUUGGAUUGAAACCUGUCAUUCCAGAUGGAGGAUACUUCAUGAUUGUUGAUGUUUCUGCACUUAAUGUGGAUCUGUCUGAUAUGGAGGCGAAUCAACAUUAUGAUUAUAAAUUUGUGAAAUGGAUGAUAAAAUCUAAGAAACUGUCAGCAAUUCCUCUUACAGCAUUCUGUGGCCCAGACACCAAAAAGCAGUUUGAGAAAUAUAUACGUUUUUGCUUCAUCAAACAAGACAGCACACUGGAUGCAGCUGAGGAGAUCCUGAAGAACUGGAAUAAUCCUACAUCUUGAUUUUUAUAUUUGUAUUAAUUAUUCCAUCUAGUACAAUUAUUUUAUACAUAGGUAUUUCAUUAUACCAUUAAAAGCCAAUGUACUCUAAAUACA